AUGCCUUGGUGUUCGUUCGCGAUCAAGCCUCCAAAGGCUUGCUGGGUCAACCAAAGAGUGGGAAGCGCGCAAUGGUACAUGACGCAAUCUGCCGCUCAUAACCGCCUUUGA